AUGAAGAUUGAAUACAGUCCCCUCGAUCGCGAUAAACAAGAGAUCAGACUCUUGGAGCUCUUACCUCAAAGCCGCGACAGAAAGCAGAAACUCUUUCCUACUUGUCGCAUCUUCCAUGCUUGCCUUCCCGCUGGACCACGCUUCACAGCAUUAUCAUAUGUGUGGGGAGAUGUCAAGAACAAACAAGUCAUACUUGUUGACGAGUCGCCAGUUCUCGUAACAAAGAAUCUUUAUGAAGCAAUGAUGGCGCUUCGACCUAUCGAUGAGCCCCUGGUAAUGUGGAUUGACGCACUCUGCAUUAAUCAGGCCGACGACGAUGAGAAAAGCUGGCAAGUUGGUUUGAUGCAAGAAAUCUAUCGCCAAGCGCACCAGGUACUUGCUUGGCUUGGCUCUGCAGACAAACACAGUGACUCCGUUAUUGACCAUUUGGAUUGUCUUGGAGGAAAGGCCGAACUCUUGACUCGGGAGCUUCCGAGUCCACAGGAGUAUGCCUGGCAGAACCUACCUCUUGUUCUUGGCUCUUUACUUCGUGGAGGCGUUCCGACUGCUGAGAUGAUGAAGCGAUUGGGGAGUGUAAGGCCUCUGACUCGUGAAGACUACAUGCCAUUCUUUGGCUUUAUCGAUGCUUAUUAUGAGCAGAACGGACAGAAAAUGAUGAGAGCAUUGAAAGAUUUUAUUACUCGGCCUUGGUGGGGACGUGUUUGGGUCCUUCAAGAAAUAGCUCUGCCAGAGAAUGCUCGAUUUGUUUGUGGAACUAAGACGAUUUCCCGAGAUCGUUGCGCCGCAGCCAUAAGGACUUAUAGGAUGUGGUGGAUGAGCCUCGCGGAGAAAUCCACGGCCGGCAACCCAUUCUCUCUUAGCCAGUACUAG